GGAGUGGAUUGUUUUCACUGAAUUCUAAUUUAUUACAAAUGACUGCAACAAAAACAAUAAUGAAUUGUCAAGGCGUUGUCGUUUACGGUCAUUUAUUCAAAUGAAAAAGAGAAUCAGAUGACAUGUGCUUUGAGGUGCCAAAAAAGCAGUAAUUUUUCCCAUAUGACCAUGAUUCCUUUCACCUCUGAAAAAACCUCUCCGUCUCCGCAGACUUUCGAUUUAGCUAAAUCUGUUAAGAUCCACAAAAGCACUCCGAUCAGAUCCUGGUGCGCAUCGCGGUUUCGCUGCCUCCAGCUGCCAGUAACAGGGGGCUUUAAUAACUCGGAGCGUUCAGCUUAGCGCCAGAUACCACAAUGAAGACAGCGCUGCUUAUUAUAAUCAUCUGCACAUGCUGGAGCAGAUGCUGCGGUAAGAAGGUGCGCUGGUGCACAGUGUCAGUGAUGGAACAGAGGAAGUGUGCUGAGCUGGCAAAGGCACUGGUAGGGGUGCUGCCCCCUGCUGCCCUGGCAGCCUUCGGCAGGCUGUCGUGCGUUCGCACCUACAGCACUAUCGACUGCAUUAACAAGCUACAGGCUAACCGCGCAGAUGCCGUUACCCUGGACGCAGGGGAGGUUUACACUGCCGUGAAGCAGUUUGGCCUCACUGCGGUCGCCAAGGAGAUCUACAGUGAUGGGAGCUGCGUCAUGGCCGUGGCCGUGGUCAGGAAUGGAGAUCUCGAUGUGCGCUCACUGAAGGGCCGACGGAGCUGCCACAGUGGGGCCCGAUGGACGGCCGGCUGGAGCCUGCCUCUGGGCUUCCUGUUGUCACGUAACUACCUGCCCUGGGCGGAGGAGCAGCCUCUCAGUCAAGCCGUCAGUGAGUUCUUCAAUGCCAGCUGCAUCCCGGGCUCCGCGACCAUGGCGACCAGCCUUUGCACCCUGUGCCAGGGGGAGAAGUCCUAUGUGCACCAUCGCAACUUCCACUGUGAGACCUCCCACAACGAGCCCUUCUACAGCAGCCAGGGGGCGCUCAGGUGUCUCCAAACUGGAAAAGGGGAUGUCGCUUUCGUGGACCACGUAGCCCUCGCCAGCAUCCAUGAGGAUGAGAGAGAAGAUUACAGACUGUUGUGCACUGAUGGAUCAAGGGCCCGCCUCGGUGAAUUUCAGCACUGCAACCUCGGUCGGGGGCCAGGCAGGGGCGUUGUGACACGCUUUAACUACCGCACAAUUGCCCGGAAGUUUCUAAACGCAGUGCAGACGGCAUUUGGGCGGCAAGGACGGGCCAGGCAACGCUUCCAGAUUUUUGAGUCCAUCUCCUACGGCUCACGCAACCUGAUGUUCCAAGAUGCGACCGAGAAGCUGGCCAUCCUGACGGACGACAGUGACAUCAGCCAGGUGCUUGGACUGGACUACGUGGCCCUCUUAAAGGGACUGGGCCAUGAAGGGAGCUCACUGCAGGACAGCGUGAUUCGCUGGUGCUGCAUCAGUGCUGCCGAGCAGCUGAAGUGCGAGCGGUGGGCCCUGAGCAUCAAGUCGGACCCACUGGUGUGCAUCAGGGCAUCGUCCAUGAGCAAUUGCAUUGAGAAGAUCAAGAGAGAUGAAGUUGAUGCUGUUUCACUGGACGCCACCCAUGCCUUCAUCGCUGGGAAAUGCGGUCUGGUACCGGUGGCCACAGAAUACUACGGGGAGCAGUGCGUGCCAUCAGAGGAUAAGAAAAAAGGAACCGCAUACUUCGAGAGUGAUGUGCUGCCAGCUGUGUUCUCGGUGGCACUGGUUCGGCGCUCCACCAGGGGCGUGUCGCUCGGCAACCUGCUGAGGCGACGCUCCUGCCACGGUCACAUGUACAGCCCUGCUGGCUGGUUGCUGCCUGUCCGGCACAUCGCCGGCGAUCAAGAGAACAGCAGCGCCCCCUGUGACCCCAGUACAGUGUACAGCAAAGUCUUCUGGAAAGGAUGCCUACCCGGUUCCCAGGGGGCGCUCUGCAAAGUAUGUGUGGGGGGCAAGGAGGAGCCUGGGACCAAGCGGUGUACCGACAACCACAACGAACGUUACUACGGCAACAUGGGCGCCUUGAGGUGUUUGGUCGGAGACCCUAGUGGGAGAAGCUAUGGUGAUGUAGCCUUUCUGGAGCAGCACAACCUGGAGGACAACAUUCAGAGCCUGAACUCGAGUGGCUGGGCGGAGGGGUGGCAGCCCACCGACUUCGAGCUGCUAUGCACUGACGGACGGCGGGCCCCCAUUUCGGAGUGGGAGAGCUGUCACCUGGGGGCCGUUCCCCCCAACAUCAUAAUGACUCGCCCUGUGCUUACCAGCCGUGUGUAUGACUUCCUCAUGAAGUCACAGGAGACGCUGGCAUCCCAUCGCGACCUAGAGUUCCAGCUAUUCGAAUCGCAGUCAUACGGCGAGAGUGACCUCCUGUUUAAGGACGCCACACGCUGCCUGGCCCACAGCACCCACCUGGACUAUCGUGCCAUUUUGGGGGAGGACUUCUACCGGGCUGCAGAGGCUGUGUUUAACUGCACACACUCAGACAUCUUGAAUUUCUGCAAGCAGGAUGUGUGCAGCAUUUUCUGAGCUGACGCAGCUCCUCGCCACGAGAUCCGCUUCAUUAAGCCAGCACCUCGGCGUCCUCCUGCCUCCAUUCUUUUAUUAACCUUCUCCUCCACUGAUUUUCUUAGACAUGCUUGAAAUUCAGGGGAGGUUUAAUGGACAGGUUCCAUUCGCUUGUGGAGUUCAGGGGUGUCUCACGAAUGAUUCCCCGUACUAAAAAGCGCUAAAAACCAAUGAAGGCAGAUGUUGAUGACAUCAUUAAGAUAGUUUUGGCCUUUCAAAAAAGAAAGUGAAUAACUGAGCAUGCCCUCGGAACCCAACUAUGCCUGAAAAUGUCAAUAUUUAAGAAACUUAUUCAAAAAGUAUAGGGUUCCAGUUAAGGGCCAGCCACAUCUUCUUUGAAGUCGUAACACACCCUGCACAGCUGGAAUUCUGCAGAUGAGUGUGGCACUCACCAGACAUGCAUUCCUGGGCCAUAAUGAUUCAACCACAGUGGAAAUCUGCCAGGUGGAGAUAUUUAUCUUAGCAAAGGGGUAGGACAUUUUUACUGCUGCUGUACAGGGUCCAAAAACAAUCUGUCAAACUUCCCAGCUUAAGAAACCCACUGUGUCAGCUGGGUAGAUUCCAGAUAGCCUCUUUAUCAAAGUAGCUUUACUGACUCUUUAAAAUACACUGUUCUGGAUGACACAGAUACCUGAGGUAUAUAUAAAUUAUAAGAAUUAUUAAGAAUUAAAAAAUUAAUUCUCUCUCCAUUGCUCAUGAAUGUCAUAUUAAUGGACAUAAGUUAUAUAUUGUAUUAAGAAAAUAAAAUUAAUUGUGUGUACAACCUACAGUUAAUUCUUAACAUAUUCAUAUUAACAUCAAGUGUUUCAGUAUUUACACUGUUCAGUAGCAUAAUUUUGGAAUUUAAAUAAUAAAAUAUUUUACUGGUGAAAA